CGAACCUCUCAUGCCACAAUAUGACCAGCUUCCUUCUUCCUAGACUGCCCUCUCACACCAUAUCCACGCACAUCUCAUCUCCGCAGCUAGCUCCGUAUGGACUGCGAUAGCCGGCAACAGGCUGCUGCUGUGCAAGAGCCUGUGGUGGCAGACAACCAUGGCAUCCGCGCAAAGGAGCUGUACAAGUAUUUCAGACCGAACACUAUUGGUGUCAAGCGCAGCUCCGAGCCAGACUCGGUCCUGACAUCCCAGGCACAGCUGCUAGCCUACCGAUUGAAUUGCGACCGCGCCCUCGUCUCCCUCACAGAUCGACAGACGCAGUAUUUUGUUGCUGAGGGCGUUGGCGGGUUCGAUGGUUCGGAGACGUAUGACGAGACGGAAUGGGCAGCUUGUACCAGUGUUCCCAGAGAAGGGCGAUUGUGCGAGCAGACUCUACAACAGCAGCCCAAGAAUCCUGGCGAUCCAGCGUAUUUUGAGAUCCUCAACCUCGCCGAGGAUCCCCGCUACAACCAUCUCCCGUUCAUUGCGGGGCCCCCGAGCUUUCGAUACUACUGUGGAGUGCCAAUCACUACGAAAAAAGGCAUCAAUAUUGGCUCUCUAUUCGCCGUCGAUGUCGUGCCACGCAAGCCCAUUGCUCCCAGGAUGCUGCAAUUCAUGGCCGGCAUCGCAAAGAACGUCAUGACGCAUCUAGAGCUGCUCCGGGACAAGGCGGACAAAAGAAGGGCUCUCAACAUGAACAUGUGUCUUGCGGCGUUUGUCGAUCCAGAGUAUGCAAGCAGAAAGCGGAAGAGAGGCAUGUCUGCCACGAAGAACUCGAUAAUCCAGUCCUUGGCCAAGGAGUCGCUGGCAUCGCCGACCAUGCCGACCUACGACGAUUACACCGAGCUCAUAGACCCUGUGAGUCCUCGACGCAUGUCCGUGGCUCGGAUGGCCAGUGACGAUGUGCUGGAAUCGACGCAUGUAAACACCAAGUCGCAGGCUGAUCAGAAUGUCAAUGUCGAGGAUACUGAGCAUGUCAGCACGUACAAGAGAGCGGCCAGUCUGCUCUACGAGUCCAUGUCGCUCGAGGGCGGAGGCGGUGUUGUGUUCAUGCUUGAUACAUCAAGGGGCACGCAUGCGAGCUUUUCUAACCAAAAACCUACGCCUGAUCCCAGCCAGGCGCCAGACAUACCGGAUAUUCCUACCAGUCCAGAUCGCCGUGGAAGCAUCAGCAGUAUCAUCGCCACACCGACGCAGUUCCUUUCAAACAAAGAGAGGGAGUCGUAUUUUAGCAAUUACAACGAAAAGCCGUGUGAGGUCCUUGGCGGAGCACAUUCUCCGGCUACCUUGGCAAGCGCAUAUCCGUCUUACAUACCCUUACCGCCUUCCGCCCUAGGAAAGAUGAUUCAGAAGUACCCCCGAGGGAAGCUCUUUACUCUUGACGCCGACCUGUACCUCGCUUCGACUCCAUCUAGUGAUGGGCAAACGCCAGGUACCGCGAAUUCGCAUGGCCGGCGUGAUAGCAUGCCCCAGGAUCAACAGAGGGAAGACAUGGAUCAGCUGGCCUUUCACUUUCCAGGAGCAAGGCAGAUCACAUUCGUGCCGUUGUGGGACUCUAUAUCCGGACGAUGGGCACCGUGCUUCAUUUACAACUCGUCACAGUUCCGUACAAUCUCCAGGGCCACGGACUUUCUCUACAGUAUUGCGUUUUGCAAUUGUGUGGCGACGGAGAUCUCAAGGCUGGCGACGCUCAGUGCGGAUCUGCAGAAGCAGAAUUUCAUCGGCUCGAUAUCUCAUGAGCUUAGGUCUCCGCUUCAUGGGAUCCUUGGGUCUAUGGAGUUUCUCAACGAUACCGAUUGCACGGCCUUUCAGCACUCCUUGAUUGAUACUGCCAACAGCUGUGCUGUGACCCUGCUUGAUACCAUAUCGAUGGUCCUGGACUACUCCAAGCUGAACAACUUUGAGCGAAAUGCAGCUCGUAUUGACAGAGACAGAAAGGGGAGGGGCGAGGGCAAGUCGAAUUUCCCGAACCCUUCGCUGAACAUAUACGGCUUCGUCGAUUUGUCCGUGAUUACCGAGGAAGUGGUCGAGGGUGUUGCUACCGGAAAGGAGUUCAGGGACAUUAGCAAAUACGAUACUGCCGAUCUAGCCUUGCCAGCCCGCAGCAGGUCAAUGAGGAGCAAUGCUCCAAACAGUCGCUUCGCAAUCCAACGGGCUGAUGUUGAGAUCAUUAUUGAUAUCGAGCGUCGCGAAAGCUGGUCUUUCUUGACGCAGCCCGGCGCGUUCCGCAGAAUAGUCAUGAAUUUGUUUGGGAAUGCGCUCAAGUACACACAGCGCGGUCAUAUCAUAGUCGCAUUGGACAUUGUCGCCGAUGACAGGGACAAGGGGAAGCCUGCCGAAGAGGCCACCAUGGUACGGCUGCGAGUCAAAGAUACAGGACAGGGCAUCUCGCCACAAUUUAUGCGCUCGAAGCUGUUCACGCCGUUUAGCCAGGAGAAUUCGCUGAACCCCGGGACUGGUCUUGGGCUGUCGCUCGUCAAGGAGAUUAUAGCGAUGCUGAAUGGCGACAUCUCUAUCCAGAGUGAGGUUGGCAUUGGGACGGAAGUCACUGUCAAGCUACCGAUGGCCAAAACCUCGCCUCCUGGGAGUAGUACAACUGCGUCUACGCCAACCUCUGUCACGAGUGUGCCGGACCGGGGGAAGUUUGACUGCAUUGCUGCCUUGCAGACCCUUUGCCAGGAUCGACUCGUUGCCCACUUCUGGACGGAGCACCGGGAGGAGGCGGCGCAUCACGCGCAGAGCGCCGCGUCACUCAAGCAGUGUCUCACACAGUACUUUACUGAGUGGUACAAGUUUGGCGCGGUAGUCGACUGGACCUCGCAGCUGAAUCCGGAUGUCAUUGUUGUAGACGAGAUUGACCUACAGGCGCUUCUGUCUGCACAACGCAAUCUUUCAUCCGCUGAUAAGCACGCCCUCAUUAUUGUCUUAUGCACCAACGCCUCCAGACAUGCUACUGUGAAGGCGUUCUCUACCGCAGGGACUUUGGAGUUUGUCAGUCUACCUGUAGGUCCGUAUAAGCUGGCCACGGCUCUGAAGCUUGGACUCGAGAAAGUGCAUGCAAUCACGAAUGGCCAUAGCGCUACAUCUUCACACCGUAAUUCGAUCGCUGUGGAGACGAUUGUGGAGGGCGUCGAGCGCGCAACACUUGCGCCGUCCAGCGCCGAACAGGCCGACGUCAACAUCAUUCAGGCUGGAAACACUCUUGCUCGCGAGGAUAGCAUGAAUGCGCAGAUGGCCAUGAACACUGUAGAGACAUUAAGUGAUUCACGGCACCCGCAUCAUUCAGCAAAUGCUGGUGCGGCGAACGGUGGCUUCCCCUUUCCCUCGGAUGUUGCGCUCGCGCCCGUAAACAGCUCUACCAGCGGCACUACAACCACACCAGCAUCUACUGAUGCCGCGACUACACCGCGACCUCCCAUCGUGUCGAGCCCUUCAACUCGACCGCCAGUACACAGACAGCUAUCCGCAAGAAAGACCGAGCCAACAUCCUACGAAAACAUCGCCGUCUCACCCAUGAGCACCACCGCAGCCCUCACAAUCACACCCCCAUCCCUCCGCACCCAACCCACCUCCCCCUCGGAAAAAAUCAUCCCCCGCCUCCUCCUCGUCGACGACAACAAAAUCAACCUCCGCCUCCUCCAAACAUACAUGACCAAACGCGCAAUCCCGUCCUCAAAAGUCUUCCUCGCCGACGACGGCAGCGUCGCCAUCUCAACCUUUGAACGCCUCUUCUCCGCCGACCCCCCUACACCCCCGCAGAUCAUCUUUAUGGAUCUCAGCAUGCCCACCGACGGCUUCACGGCUACCCGCCAUAUCCGCCAUAUCGAGGCCCAGGCUUGCGCUAGACUUGCGGCGGGGGAUCGUCUUACGCAGCAGCAGCAACAGCCUCCGGCGCUGAUUAUUGCGCUGACGGGCCUGGCGAGUGAGCGUGAUCAGAGCGAGGCGUUUCUGUGCGGGUUUGAUUUGUAUAUGACUAAGCCGGUUAGUUUUAGGGAGGUGGGUAGGUUGUUGGAUAAUUGGACGGCGAAUGGUGGGGGUGUGGGUGGUGGUGUUGGUGGUGGUGGUGGUGCGACGGGUGGUGCGACGCAGAGCAAGAAGGUGCAGAUUGGUGGUGGUGGUGGUGGUGGUGAUGUGUCUGGGUCUGUGUCUGUGCCGCAUGGUGCGCUUACUGGGGCGGAUGCGCCGGUGUUGAGUCGGGGGGCGCCGUAGGUAGG